UGUAUAGUAGGAAUCCGUGAAACGGGCGAACCAAACGUCAAAACGCGCACGGAAGAAAGUUCGUAAUUUUUUGCCCGAGCGACAGCACACUAUAAGGUUUCGAAUAGAUAACUGCCCGUUUGGGAAAUAUCGACGAAAGAAAUCAGGCAUAAUGUCGGUUCAUCGAUACACCCACGCUGUUGUGUGUAGAAUUCCCCUGUCGUUGAGAACUCGCGGCGAAGUAACGCUAGAUGAAGCUAGAAAACAACACGAGACCUUCGUACGUGUGCUUCGCGACCUGGGACUCGACGUAGUCGAACUUCCACCCGACGAGGGAUCACCGUUGUGUGCCUUCGUCGAGGAUCUCGCCGUCGUCUGUAACGGCAUCGCUCUAAUCGCUCGACCCAACGAACCUUCUCGCACGAAAGAGAUUGAAACUAUUCGAGCUGUUCUAAAAAAAGAACUAGACAUUCCUCUUGUGGAAAUUGCUGACCAAAAUGCCAGGCUGGAUGGAGGAGACGUUCUGUUUACAGGACGGGAAUUUUUUGUGGGAUUGUCACAAUUCACAAACGAGGCUGGUGCUCGAGCAGUAGCUGCAGCAUUCCCAGAGUACCCCUGUGUUCCCAUCAAGGUGGGUGAUGGUGGCGAAGAGGUGAUAGUGGAGAGUUUAACCUCAGCCCCACUUCAGGUUGCAGAAUCGAAGCGUUUGAAAGCUCUAGUUACUAUGGCUGGUCCUGACGUUAUCUGCGUGGGUGCAGGAAAGGAAUCUCAAGAGGUUUUAAAGCGAAUUGAACGAGAGGCAACUUACACUUAUCAAACGUUGACGGUGCCUGAAGAUGCAGCAGCAAAUGUUGUUUAUGUCAACGGGACACUGAUUCAUCGUACAGAGGCCGAAAUUCCAAAGUCAUGCAGGGUUUUUGCUGAAAAGGUUGAGUUUCCUACAAAAUUACUCCAAAUAUCUGAAUUAGCCAAAGUGAGUUCUGGUCUUUCUUCGUGUUGCUUAUUGGUCCGUAGACCAAGGCACAUUCGUAGUAUUUAAGCUCCAUAUGAAAUUAUGAAUUUGCAAAUAAGAAACGAAUGAGUUUUCAGACCAGUAUAAUUAUUCAGGAGUAUUUCAAAAUAAGUGAAACUCAUUAAAAAAUAAUAAUAA